ACUUCGUCGCUUCCCUUUCCCUCCCUACAACUCUAUUAUCUAUCGCUCUGCCUGCCAAUACUAUUCCAAUUCCAAGUAAAUGGAUUGAUCAAUAAGACGAACAACGCAUCUGGGAGGAGGAAUCAUCCAUCAUCUCCAUAAUCAGGUGGGGGUGCUUGACCCAGCGAUCCUUUGUGGGUUAGCAUGAGAAAGAUGAUAUAAGUUCUGUAUUUUUCUUCCAUGGACAGAUAAAGCAGCAGGCAGUCAAUGCUCAAACACAGUGCCCCACGGGUUUCUCUAGUCAGUCAGAGGAUUGUCAGAAAAUGUGAGCUCCAUUAUAAAUUUAUCGUGUGAAGUCUACUGUCCACCGCACUGAGCCGGCCAUAUGUUGUAAUUUAACGAUCACUUUUUUAUUCUACUUUUGAUUCUUGAGACGACACAAAAUCCACUAGAAAUGCAAAUUUCCAAUCUUUCUCCUCAUUCUUGCCCAGAUUAAUGGCGCGGCUUUGUUAUCCUCAUUGAAGCCAUGCUCCUCUCAGAGACGCCACCAACAGGCAACAGCUACAAAAUUAGACUUCAAACGCACCGUCAUGUCACACCCCACCACUACCCCAUCUCGCUUCAGAGUCAAUUCUAAAGCCAAGGACUCGCCAAAACCAGAGCUCGCUAAUGGGUCACUGUCACCAGCCAAUCAAGCAAGAGCAAAAUCUGUACCCCCAGAUGUAAAGAAACACUCCAAGAUGAAGAGGUCUCUGCUGCUGAACAAACCCAAAUCUGGAGAGGAUGUGAUAGGAUCUCAAAAGGCUAGGGACAACGAGGAUGUUAGAGUGGUGGCUCGCUCUGUGAAUCGCCCAGUUGUCGAGCAAUUUGCUAGGCCAAGGCGGCAGCGGCCUGUGGAUUCUACUGCUACUAGAAAUGAACAAGAGACCACAAAGGAAUUGCGGGAGAGGCUUGAAUUGAAAGAGAGUUUGGUUAAGGAUUUGCAGUCAGAAGUUUCGGCUUUGAAGGUGGAGCUGGAUAAGGCGCAUAGCUUGAAUAAAGAGCUAGAGUGGCAGAACAAGAAGCUGGCGCUGGAUCUUUCGGCUGCUGAGGCCAAGAUUGCAGCUUUUAACACUCGUGACCAGGAGUCAAAUGGAGAGUACAAGAGCCCUAAAUUUAAGGACAUUCAGAAACUCAUUGCAAACAAAUUGGAACAUUCAACAGCUAAAAAGGAGGCAUACAAUGAGCCAACGGCACUCAAAGCGCCGGUUCCACCACCACCACCACCACCUGUCAAUCUGCUUCCCAAAGCUGCCAAUGCUGAAAGAAAGUCUCCAUGUUGUCCUUCCUUGCCGCCGCCACCACCACCACCACUCCCAAUGCGGCCACUAGUCAGAGCGGCCUCUGCUCCAAAAACUUCUGUAAUUGUAGAAUUCUAUCACUCCUUGAGAAAGCAAGAGGAGAAGAGAGAUAUUCCAGGACCAGGGAAUCAGUAUAAACCGGCCGUGACAAGUGCACACAGGAGCAUAGUUGGAGAGAUUCAAAAUCGUUCAGCUCAUCUGUUAGCUAUAAAAGCUGAUGUCCAAACAAAAGGUAAUUUCAUCAAUGGACUUAUCCAAAAAGUAUUAGCUGUGGCAUAUACAGAUAUUGAAGAUGUCCUUAAAUUUGUGGAUUGGCUUGACGGUGAACUCUCAACAUUGGCUGAUGAGCGGGCUGUGUUAAAGCAUUUCAAUUGGCCAGAGAAGAAAGCUGAUGCCAUUAGAGAAGCGGCUAUUGAGUAUCGUGCACUGAAACUAUUAGAAAGUGAGAUAUGUUCCUUUAAAGAUGAUACUGACAUUCCAUGUGGAACUGCCUUGAAAAAGAUGGCUGUCUUGCUUGACAAGUCUGAGCGAAGCAUUGGAAGGCUGACCAAACUUCGAAACUCAGUUUUGCGUUCUUAUGAGGAUUGGAAAAUUCCAACAAAUUGGAUGCUUGAUUCUGGAAUAGUGAGCAAGAUCAAGCAUGCUUCUAUGAAGCUGGCGAAGAUGUACAUGAGGAGAGUGAUAAUGGAGCUUGAAUUGGCCCGAAAUUCAGAUAGGGAAUCCAAUCAAGAAGCAUUGGUCCUUCAAGGUGUGCACUUUGCAUAUAGGGCACAUCAGGUGCAGUUUGCUGGGGGUCUUGAUUCAGAAACGUUAUGCGCUUUUGAAGAGAUAAGAAGGCGAGUUCCAGGACACCUAGGAGGAUCUCGAGAGCUAUUAUCUGCUGUAGCAUCAUCAUGACAAGGCAGAUAGCAGAUAAGAUGAACUUCUUUUAGAGGCAGUUUAGAUUUUUGUAAGGAUGUCUGUGAUUAAGCAUUUGUUUAAUUAUUUCAUUGUUUUUUUCCUCUUUUUUUUUUUUUUGAAUGGCUGUGUGGGGAUAGAGAUGUAGGUGAUAUUGCUACGUGCAUUUACGUUGAUGUAAUAAAAACUGUAGAUUGAAAGAGAAUGUAGAAUACUAGUCAGAAUUUGGAAGUCUUUGUUUAGCUGUACAAGAUUUCAUGCAAUGAUUUAUAAUAAGCUGAAGCUUGAAACAAA